GUGAACAAGAGGCAUAGGGCCACCUGCAGGAAGACUGAGAGGAGGGAAGGAGGAAGGCUGGCUUUGGCAGGGAGGGGAGGCAGGAGCAGAGGGAGCCAGAGGAUCGGUUCAGGCAGUGAGAGAGGGCAGCCCCACUCUAUUUCCCAGGCUGCUCUCUGGAUGCAGGCAGGAAGGUUGAGUGUAUUACACUGGCCCCACCUCCAGAGGCUCUCUCUGCAGCCGCUGGACUGGACACAAAGCGUGAGAGACAGAGACACCAUCUCUGCUGAUUUGUACCUAACUGGUUCCUGUUGCUGAGAGCCCACGUGUCACAGAAGCCAGGGCAGAGGCCCCACACUGCUGUCUGCAUUUCCCAGGUAUCCUGAGCCAAGCAGGAUACUCCUCCUCAGAGGAGCAGGCAAUAGAAGCGCCUGAACAUCAUGGCACAAGUGGACUCCCAGGACAGGUGGGGAGAGGGGUCUCCUCUCAGCAGCUUGACUGAGGAGGCUCAUGACACCCAGAUGCUGAGCAUGAACUUAGAGAGUGACGAUGAAGAUGGUGGGGAGGCCGAAAAAGAGGGCACCGCUGACCCGUUGGCCUGUCCAAGGGGCAGCUCCCCAGUAACACACGAAAAUCCUGACUUGCCAUGGCCCCAUCCACUGGGCAAAGAGGAAGAGAAAUUCUCUGACUCCUCCAGUGCUGGGGGCAUGGGGCAGAAACCAGUGGAAAUGUCUGGGAAAGCCAGUUGGAACAGAGAUGUGACAAAGAUCAAGGAGACCCAGGGUUCCCCGGGAGCAAGCAGAGCUCUGGGUACCCUUCCCAGUGGUCUCGCACACAAAUUGUUAGGUCAGAUGCAACCUCUUGGGGACCGACUACCUGCGGGUGAUGAUGGAGACUCGAGGGCAAACCAGGACGCAGUCUUGGAUGUCCCAUCCAGCUUCCCCAGCAAUGGAAAGUAUCUCUGUGCGCACAAAAGUGUAGACACGUGCGCAGGGAACUCUUCUCUGUUGUGUUUCCCCAGGCCGGGGAGCAACUGGGACCUUCCCACGCAAGAGACACAUACACCAGCCCAGGCGUCGGCCACCCCAGCCAGCCUGGCUGCCGCGGUCCUGGCAAAAGCGCGGAACAGCAGGAAAGUACAGAACCAGGCGGGCCGGCGCGAGGGCGGAGAGGCUGAGGCGCGUCCCUACAGGUGCCUGCGGGGCGGGCGGGCCUUUCAGAAGCCCAGCAAGCCGCUGAGCCCCGCGGAGACGCGCGGCGGCGCCGCCAAGCGCUACGCGUGCGAGCUAUGCGGGAAGGCCUACUCCCACCGCGGCACACUCCAGCAGCACAGGCGCCUGCACACGGGCGAGCGGCCCUACCAGUGCUCCUUCUGCGACAAGGCCUACACCUGGUCCUCUGACCACCGGAAGCACAUCCGCACCCACACAGGCGAGAAACCCUACCCGUGUCCAGACUGCGGGAAGGCCUUCGUGCGCUCUUCGGACCUGCGCAAACACCAGCGCAACAUGCACAGCAACAAUAAGCCCUUCCCGUGCUCCGAGUGCGGCCUGACCUUCAACAAGCCGCUGUCGCUGCUGCGCCACCAGCGCACGCACCUGGGCGCCAAGCCCUUCCGCUGCCCCGCCUGCGACCGGGAGUUCGCUGUGGCCAGCCGCAUGGUGGAGCACCAGCGCGUGCACUCGGGCGAGCGGCCCUUCCCCUGCCCCACCUGCGGCAAGUGCUUCACCAAGUCCUCCAAUCUGUCCGAGCACCAGACGCUGCACACCGGCCAGAGGCCUUUCAAGUGCGCUGACUGCGGCGUGGCCUUCGCGCAGCCCUCGCGCCUCGUGCGCCACCAGCGCAUCCACACUGGCGAGAGGCCCUUUCCUUGCACGCAGUGUGGCCAGGCCUUUGCCCGCUCUUCGACCCUGAAGCGGCACCAACAGAUCCACUCCGGGGAGAAGGGAUUCCUCUGUGCCGAGUGCGGCAGGGCCUUCCGCAUUGCCUCUGAGUUGGCCCAGCACAUACGAAUGCACAACGGAGAGAGGCCCUACCAGUGUGAGGACUGCGGCCAGGCCUUCACCAGGUCCAAUCACCUCCAACGACACCGAGCCAAGCACGGCACCUGCAAGAAGGAGCCCAUCCUUUCCUCCUCUGACGAGUGAAGAUAGCAUCGUCGACCUCACUACUUGGAACCUUCCCAGGUGGGCCCACUCACAUGGUAUUGCCAGCCUCACUGGUCAGCCUCGCCUCCCAGCAGGUCGCGGGUCAUGAGUGGUCCAUUUGAUUAUUUAUUUGAUCCCUUGAACAGAAAGUCACCACCGAGAGAGCACCCAGGUGGGUGGUUUCACAUCAGUGGUUCUGAGUGUCCGAGGUCAUAAGCAAUUGGAAAAGGGAAAGACAAAGUAGUGGGAGCUGAUCAAACGUUGAGUUCCUUGGGUUGGGGAACCUGAAUCAAUCAGAAACUGCUUCUAGAAUUACAUGCUGGGCACUGGGCCGGGCUCCAGGGAUAAGGUGGGGAAAAAGACUAACCUGUCCUACCCUCAAAGCCAAAUGCAAAUACUGAAAAGAAGGCCUGAGGGGCUGGUCCUCUUUAGAGAAAGAUGCUUUUUGGUUUUUAUAUAAAUAAAGGAAUCCCCAGAAGUGGUCCCUAUGAUGAACUCCCCCAAAGCAAUGCCGUUUUUGGAGGAACUCAAACCCAGUCCAACAUCCCAUCAUUUCACUUGACUGCAGAGAUGGCUUUACCCUUAGGAUAUAUCUUUAUGAGUCUUGGCUUUGAAGUGGAGAAGGGCUUUAUCUUAGAGAAGGUGGUUUAUGUCAUAUUCCAGUUAUUCUAGAAGUUCAGGACAGCCUUAGCAUCUGAAAAAGAAGCCCAUUCCUCUUUAUAGUGGAAUUUAGUAAGUAGAUCUAACCCGAGUCUCACCCACAGAAUUCAUAUAAAUUCAUAUAUGCCUUCUCUCUGGCUGCCUCUUUUCCUGUUUGCACUCUGAGGGCUUAAGUCAUAUGUGAUAUUUACAAAGCAAUUGGCCCAUUUACAGAGAGACAUAUAUAAUUUCUCCACAAAGCCUUGACCAUGGUUCAUGAAACCGUUUGGGUUCAUUUAAAUUUGUCUGAAUCAUUAGUCUUGACUUGAAGUGAACAAAACACCCUUUGCCCAAGUGCCAUUGGCUUGUCUGCAUUUCAAAAUCAUUAAAACCAGGUAUGGAAGCCUACGUGCUCACAGUUAUCUAAUGAGGUUAUUUCAAAGUUUGCAUUACUAACAGCCAUUCUGCAAAGUGUAUUGAUGUGUAUAGUGAUCUGUAUAAAGUCAGUAGUUCUUAGCUGAACCUCAACUGUGAGGAAUCUAUGACUCCACAGAUGUCCUUGGUGCACAUAGGCAAACGGCACUUCUCAUCUUACUGAAGUUAAAUAAGAUAUUCCAUAAGAAGGUAUAGUGCCCUUUUUGGGGGAGUACCUUUAGUAUAUUCCUAAAAUUGCCACCAAAGAAUGCCAAAUCUGAAUUUCUCUUGGUUUCCACCUGAUUUGGAACUAGAGUGUGACCUCUAAAUAGCAUUCUCAUGACACAUGGGGGCGCCAAAGAGAAGUAAGAGAGAUAGCUAGAUAGCUAGAUAGUCUUGUGUCUUGUUUGACCAAGGUAACCGUAAUAAAAGAGUCCAUCCCCAUCCUUUACUGUUGAUGUGACCUUGGGCUUCAGUUUCUGCAUCUGCAUUGGCAAAAUAGAAGUCAUAGUAGUAGGUAAAAGUUAGAGUGAUCCUACUAUAUGACGGAAACUUUGGCUGGAUGCAAGAGCUUUAAAUUGGUAGAAAAGUCACAAGAUGAGCUUGUGACUAUGAAGAGAGCAAAAGCUAACUUUUUUUUCCUAGAUAAUCAAUAAAAUAGUUGAAGACUGAAGGAUUACUCCUUUUCAUUGUAUCCUUUCUUGAAGAUGGUCAUUAGUAUAGUUUUUACAAAUUAAAAAAUUUGGUUUUGUUUUAUAAUUUUUAUGGAGUUGUUCGCCAAAACCUGGUUGCAUAGGAGUCACCUGCGCUGUUUGUUAACCAUAUAACUUUCUGAACCCUAACCUUGAAUACUGAUAAAGGUCUGCAGUGUGGUAUCUAGGUAUGGCUUCCACAUGGGCAUAGCUUUGGAGAAGGAGUGAGCGUACUUGUUAAUAGGCAGAAACGCUGGAUUUGCUUGUGCUGGGUAUCUUUGGUGCUGUAUACUAUGUUUCUGGAAUAUAAGGGGUAGAAUGUACUGAACAGGUCCAAGAGAAGUUCAUUAGUCCUUCAGGCCUUUCACAAAACAACUCAGAUUUUAAGGAAAAUUGUCCCAACCAGUCUUUUCUCACAACAACUGCCAGGGUCAUUCUGAGUAGGUAUUAGAGAAGAAAGGAAUCCCAUUGGAACCAGUAGUCACAGAUCACUGGACCAGACAGUGGUACACAAGUAGAAGGCAACAGUACAUGGAGUGGACAAAAGAGAAGCCAACCAGCUGUGAGGUGGCUUGGGGCAAAUUCUGCCCAGUAGAGUCUGUCCAUUCAGAGUAGGGGUAGUUGAGUCACAUCUUUGGAGAAGAAUCAAUGCUUGAAGACAGGUUAUUCUGUCUUGCAUUUGUGCCCCAAAUUAUGCCGAGCUACUUUCUGGUUUUCUGUUAACCUACUGUACAUCACAGCAGACAAUCUUAUUUCUCUAUUAUGUAAUUAAAAAUCAGGGUAAAGCCAGGUGUGGUGGCUCAUUCCUGUAAUCCCAGCACUUUGGGAGGCCAAGGUGGGAGGAUUGCUUGAUCCCAGGAGUUUGAGACUAGCCUGGGCAACAUAGUGACACCCCCAUCCCUUUAAAAAAAAAUUUAAAAAUGAGCCAGGUUGGCCAGGUGCGGUGGCUCAUGCCUAUAAUCCCAGCACUUUGGGAGGCUGAGGUGGGUGAAUCACCUGAGGUCAGGAAUUCGAGACCAGACUGGCCAACAUGGUAAAACCCCAUCUCUACUAAAAUUACAAAAAUUAGCUGAGCAUGGUGGCAGGCGCCUGUAAUCUCAGCUACUCGGGAGGCUGAGGCAGGAGAAUCACUUGAACCCAGGAGGUGGAGGUUGCAGUGAGCCAGGAUCACACCAUUGCACUCCAGCCAGGGUGACAAGAGUGAAAUUCCAUCUCAAAAAAUAACAACAAAAAAAAUGAGCUAGGCGUGGUGGCACACACACAUAGUCCCAGCUACUGGGGAAGCUGAGGCAAGAUGAUUACUUGAGCCUAAGAGGUGGCAGCCGCAGUGAGCUGUGAUCAUGCCACUGCAAUUCAGCCUGAGUGACAGAGUGAGAUGCUGUCUCAAAAUAAAUAAAUAAAAUAAAAUAAGGGCAGGGCCUUCUUCGUGACAAAAAGAAUUUAAAGCUUCUCUCUGGGUUAAUGCUGUUUCCACAGUACAGGUUGCCAAAAUUAAUUUGAAUAUACCCAGUAAAAAUGUUCAUUUAUAAGUUUCCACUUAAUAAAAAUUCCCCUGAUGGGUUCACCAGUCUAUGGUGCUCAUGACUUGUAUUCUUUAGAUCAUAAUGAUAAUAGCCAACACUUACAUUGUGUUCAGUUUGUGCCAGGAACUGUUCUAAAUGUUUUAUAUAUGUUAACUGUUUUUUAAAGCAAACUUAUGGUGAUUCUUAUCCCCAUUUUUUUAAGAUUAGGAAAUCAAGGGAGAAAGAUACCACAGCUAGAAAGUGGCUGGCACAGUAAUGAUGUGACAUUUAGACAUGCUUGCUCCAGAGACUGUUCACAGGGCCAACUGCCUCUGUUUGGAAUGGAGUCGUUGAUGUGCAUUUUUAAAGUGGAUGACAAUAAAUUCAAUUUAAACGAUGAUAAAAAUUGAAACACAGCACAGCAGAAAUCAUGGCAUGACUCAGGAACAAAGACCUGUGAAUGACUUAAUGGAUCUGGGAGAGUCUGGGUUGGCAGCUCUUAAUCAUUGAUGCCUUGGAAACUGUCAAUAACCUAGCCAGGGGGAAUAAAUUGGAGUUAAAGGAGUAAUACUUCCUUGAAGGCCCACUGUUGUUUCAUAUCACUGGCUAAAGAAACAUUCUGUGCCUGUGCCUUACACAGAAAAAUAUACCAGCAGUUAAUCUUGGCAGUCAACAUUUACACACUCUAUACUCUAAAUGCAUGCACAUUGAAAAGCUAUAUUAACCUGAUAUGAACACAAUAGAUCACCCAGGAAUUCCAACUAGAGCUUAAAAAAUCUUGCUUGGAAGAAAAUUUUGUGUAAAGCAUUAGUUUAAUUGCCAGAACACUCAAGCAGAUGUCAUUGCUAGACUCAGAACUAGAAUACGAACUACAAACUCCAUGACCCAUGAACAUAUUGCCAAAGAUGGAGUGACUCAAUGUUUCAUCAAACCAGAAGAGGGCAGCUGUUUAAGUUGACAGGAAAGCUCAUUUUUAACAUCAAUUUCCCUCUUUCCAUUCUGCAUUAAACCAUGCCAGUACAAUUUUUCCACUGUCUAGAUAAUGUUUUUAUCUCUCUCUCUCUCCUCCUCAUUUUUCUCCUUAACCACCCCCACCCUACAACUUUCAGUCAAAUUGGUUCAGAGUUUCACUGUUUAGGAGUGUCAGGAACUCAGCAGAUUGGUUCAGCAAAUGAAUAGAACUGCUAUAAAAUAUAAGUUAUCACUAAGAUUUAAAGAAAAACACCUCUUGCUAAAAACAAAGACUACAUGGAGGAGGCCAAAAACAGGGAUAGAGGGAAUCUCUUGUGGUAGUUCAGAUGAAGUCAAGGACAAGUGGGGACAGAGGUAAGAUGAGAAGAUGCCAGAGAUUUCAGGGGUGGAGUUAAUAAGGCUUGGUGAAAGGAUAAAAAUAGCUACCAUUUAGUGAACACUUUUUAGGGAUUGGGCACUACAUUCAUUAUCUCAAUUAAUUCCUACAAUAAUCUGUUAUGAAAGGUCCUUGAAAAAUAUUCCCACAUGGGGUCUGCAACAAUUUUCCUUUCCAGGAACGCAAUCAAGAUUAAUAGGUCAUGCUAUUGUCUGUUAUUGUUAAGCAAAGGUCAAUAAGGUCUACGUGUCCUCUCUAAGAAUAGGCUGCCUGUCUGCAACAAGGAGAAUAUGUAGCAAAUUUCUUGCCUUUUGGUUUAGAAGUUAUGCCUGCUUACAUUUUUAUUUUUCAUCAUCACUGUGGUGGCUUUAAAAAUGUGUUCACAAAUUCUUUGACAUACCUCCCUUCAAGAGUGGAGCCUAGUUUCCUUCCCUUUUAGUGUGGGCUGGACUUAGUGACUCGGUUCUAAUGGAUAGAAUAAAGCAGAAGUGAUGGUGUGUGACUUUGGAGGCUAGGCAUAAAAAGUACUGUGGCUUCCAUAGGAUACUUUGUUUCUCUUUCUCUCUCUUUUUCCCUCAUUCACUUGCUCUGGCAGAAGACAGCCACCAUGUCAUGAGUAGCCUUGUAGAGAGGCCCUGUGCUGAGGAACUGGGUGUUCCACCAACAGCCACAUCAGUGAACUUGUAAGUGGAUCCUCUAUCCCCAGUCAAGAGUUCAGUUGACUGGAGACCUGGCUGACUACUUGAUUGAAACCUCAUGAAAGACCAACAGCCAGAAUUGUGCAGCUAAGUGGCUCUCAAAUUACUGAUCCUUGGAAACUGUAAAAUAAUAAAUACUUGUUUUUUUUAAGAUGUUGAAUUUUGGUUGGUAAUUUGUAAUGCCACAGUAGAUAACAAUAAUAUAAAGAACAACUUCCUCCUAACGAGUAAGAGACUAGUCACCACAAGCCCUGAUUUCUACCUUAAGUAAAUUGCCAGAAGGUUUGGAAACAUGUCUGCUGCCUCUUGCCACAUUCUCUCCAAUGGCCACCCACUAAGGCUGGUUGAGGCCCAGUUGUUGCAUAGGUACCCUUGUGUAAUCUGUCCCAUUGCCAAGUGAGCCUUAAUAGCUCCAGGGCCCAGGAAGAGGGAGCCUUUGAGAAGGGGGCAGAAAUACGUGGACACCAGUAUCACAUCUGAUAAGGAAUUGUAAGUAUGAAUCCCUUUUGGUCACUCUCUUUCUUGGUAUAUUUCAAUUCUUAAUUCAAAGAUAAGUAAAUUAAUGUAUGGUCUUUCCUAGAAAGGGGAGAAAUUCGUAGUUCUCCAGAGCCUAAAACACAGUCCUUUGAGGGCAAUAUUAUAAUAUUAUCCCCAUUUUGCAGAAAAGGAAACACCAUGCAAAGGAUUACUGCCAGUAAAAUUACAAAUGUGAAGGAAAGCAUUUAUUACAAGUAUACUAAAGAUGGUGCUUUUGUAUUGAUAUACCAGUCCUGAGAAAAGUAGUAAAGAACUAAGGAUAAGGAUGAAAUUAGAGUGAGUCUGAAAAUCACUCCAGAGUUUCCAAAAUGCUAUAACCAAUUAGAUCUGCAGCUGUUUCCUAAAUCUUCAUGAUGAAAAUGCUUCUGAACCUUUUCUUGAAUCACAAGCUACUUGAGAAUCCAAUAAAAGCUGCGGACCCUAUCAAAAACCCCUCAUUACUGAUGUUUUGUGUUACAAUUUCAAGGAGUCACAGGCCUCCUGAAGCCCAUCAACUGGCCUAAAAUAAAGAUUCUCUUUUGAAUUCCACUUCCAAAUAUGUCUCGAGCACCAAAACCCAGGAACUGAAGUCAGUUAUAAUAGCAAAAGGGCUAACACAGACUUGCAAAGUAAGCCCUAUCAAAGACUAUCUUUUGGAUAAUUUUUAAAAGAGAAAAACAAGCAAGGUAACUAAGACAGCUUAUACUCCAAAGGGGUAAACAAAUUUCUUCAAAUACUGAAAUGAAUGUAUUGCUGAUACAGGAAAUCAGUCAUGUUAUGUCUUAUAAAUGUAACGAUUACUCUUGGAAUAUAUAAAUGGUAUAUGUAGUUUGAAAAAUCAUCCAAAUAAGUAUUGUCACAGCUUUUAAGAAAAAUAAAUACUUUCUUUUGAAAAGUACAAAUAAUUAAUGACAAAGAUAAACCAGACUGCAAAUGGACUUGAGGAAAGAGGCUACAUUUACAUUCAGAACUGCAUGCCAGCCAUCACAGGGAUUGCAAUUACGGAAAACUUCAAUAAAGACUAGUCCUUAAGAAACCAAGUAGAACACCAGAUUAUGAAAAUGGCUUGGCUCCUUGA